UCCACUGAAAAUUCAAAAUGGAUUGAGAAUAGUGAAUUCAACGUAUCCAACGGACGCUACAGAAGUUUAUAUGCAAUUUUGAAAACAUUCAACGAAUGAUUAAGUAUCGUUAAGCAUAAAUAAGAUUUAAAUACGCUAUUAAAAUGAACCAACGUCGAAGACGCGCUGAGAAUUUUACAGAUUCAUUAAAUAGUUUCCAAAACAUAACUGAAUCAGAGAGCACUUCCAAUACACUUUACUCAAUAUCUCAGGAUAGUUUGGAUGAACUUAAAAGUGUAAGUAACCAUACAUCCAAUGAUGCUAUCCGUAGUGCUAAACAUUCCAUUAUCUUAUCUGGUAAUUCUGCAAAGGAUUUUUAUCAGCAAGACUCGUCUAUUUCAUCUACAAUAUUAUAUCGAUCAACUCAAUCUGAGCCAGAUUUAAAUAAACGUAUUAAUUCAUCUGAAACUAAACAAUUAUGCAACAAAGUGGAUGAUUAUAAAGAGAAUAAUAAUCCUCAGUAUGCAUUAAAAGACAAAAAAUUAAAAAAUGAUGUCAUGUCUAAACAGUUAACUAAUACACCAAUAUCACAUGAUAGAACUGAAACUAAUAUAAUGAAUGAAAAUUCAAAAAGAGAUACUAAUCAUAAUAUUCAUAAUAAGUCUGAAAUUACAACUAUAGAGCACAAUGUACUUAAAUCAUUAUUAGAUUCACAACUCAGUUUAAAUUGUACAAAUGAAAACACACUGAUUUGUGACAAAAAUUUGGAAUGUGAACUUGAAAAUGAUGAAGUAAAGAAAUUUGAAACUAUACUCUGUUCCUUAGAUAAUCAACUCAAUCAAAUGAAAGAAACAUCAAAAACACAGGUUUUAAAACGUUUGUCCAACAAGUUCAUGAAUUCACCACAAAAUUUUACUGAAAAAUUAUUGACUAUUAUUGAAGAAUCUAUUAUCAAUAAUGAUAAUGAUAAAUGUGAUACAUCUGCAUUAAAUUUAAGUAGAUUAACAAUGGAAUUUAGAAAGAUGUGCAAAUUUCUUGAAGAUGAAUCUGCCCCUGAAUGGGUUCCAUCUCCACCUCCCCUAUCCAUAUACUUAAAAGAGGCUCUGAAAAGCCCUUCAAAUAAUAAAUCCGAUCAUAUCAAAACUUCUAAAAUGGAAACAACAUUAAGUUCACCUUUAACUGUGUCUACACCUAUUACACCUAUAUCUGGUAUAGAUAUAAUGAGAAAACGAUUUUUCAAUAAAAUAUCAAAAAAUAAUUUUAAUGGAAGUGCUGACAGUGUAGUUAAUAUAUCAGACAAUGAAUCUAGUACAUCUUUUGAACGUUUGGAGGCUCAAUGUGGAAGAUUGUAUCCAGAAGAAGUAGAAUGUUCUAAACCUUUACAUAGAAGUUUAUCAGUACCUUCUCUAUUAAAUAUGAAUAAAAUUAAACAAAUAUGUGAAAAGCAAAUGGCUUCACUAAAUGUUUCUGAUUCUAUUGAUCAACAUCACAAAGAAAAUAUAAUUUUUAGUUCCCCCAAUUUACUUGAUAGAUGUCAAAGUUCGCUUAAAAAACGAGAAUUUUAUUGCCCUGAUUUACAACAAGAAAUAUACAAUAGAUUAAAAAGUUUUCAGCAUGAUAAGUUAUCAUACUCUAAAAAAAAAUCUAAAAAAAUUAGUGAGAAAUCUGAUAUCAGUGAAGUGCAAGUUGAUAAAACUACAAGUGGUUACGUAAUAGUUGAUCCAGAUGAAUUAGAAAAAACACUACUACAAGAUAUUGCAGAAAAAAGAAAAAGAUGUCUUGAUACAGCAAGGCUUAUUACAGAAAUUAAUGCAGAUCCUGAAGUAAUAGAAGCACAAAAAUCAUUACGUAUGUCUCCUAUGUUUGUUGAUGAUAAUGAAUCGCAUUCACUGAUUAAUGAUGAAGCUAAAUUUCUCAAAACUUUAAUGUCUUGUAAAGACUAUCAAACAUAUCUGGAAAAACAAAAACCUCUUUUUAAGUUGUUCCAAAAUUCAAACCCUUGUACUCCUGAUAGUACCCUAAAAGAUAAUAAAAGCCCUGAUUUAAAAUACAAAACUCCAGAUUCAAGGGAGAAUUUUAAUACAAAGAAAUCAAGUACAAAAGGAUUUACUUUAAGUACAAAUCUGAAAUCUUAUAGCCCAUAUAAGUCACCAUUAUCAAAGCAAAAGGGUGAAGAAAAGGAGGAAAAAAAAGAGAAUAUAAAACCAAGACUGUUUGUUACACCAGGGAAUACCCCUCCAAGCACAAAUUGUAAAAGAAAGAAAACAUAUUUCCCCUCAAUGGCUAGCUCUCAAAGAAAUACAACAAGGAACCAUAUCUUGAAGAGUCCUCAUGCAGAAGGAUUGUAUAGAUUGAAUUAUAACACUAUAAUUUCACCAGUGGGUAUGUAUAUCAGAGGUACAGAUAUGCAGCUUAUAAAAAAUGUAAGAGCUAAAACGGAUGAUUUAUUGCUUACACCUUUAAAAAAAAAUGUCAAAACAAUUUCAAACAAAAAUGUAAAGCAAAGUACUCCUUUAAAAGACAGAAAUGAAAUAUGUGACAAACCAACACUCAAAAUUAAUGUAUCUCCGAAAUUAGGAACGAACUAUGUAUACAAAUCAGAGGCAAUUGGAACAAGUGCACCAGAAAAUGAUAGUACUCCCAAAAAUCAUUUUGUACUCCCUAAGGUUUCAUACAAACUUCCUUUGCAAGUUAAAACAAUAAAAGAAAACAAAAAAUCUCCUAAAGCAGGCACUCGGGUCAAAAAAUUGCUGGAAUCUGCACAAAGCAAAGUUGUGAUCCGUCACAAAGCACGGGUUAAUUCAGUUCAAAAACAACAAACUACUACACAGGAUGGAGUAUAUGAAAUCCAUUAUGAACCAGAGGAUGAAUCUGUACACAUUGAACAGGCAGCUAAUAAAACAAAUUUCAUUCGCAGACGAAAAAAUGUUUAAUUGAUAUUUAAGUAUUUGCAAUAAGUUAAAUGUUUUAUAUUUUUAUUAAAAGUAAUGAGGAUUGUUUACUAAAAGAGCAAUAUUGAUAAAUAAAACUUUUAUGAUUUUGGUUACUUUUGUGUUCAGAGAAAAACUCAUAACAAAAUCUACAUCUUUUACUUCCCCUUACAUACAUCGUACAUAAACAAAAAUACUUUAUUAACCGUACUUUCUAAUAAACUCCAAAAAAAGUUUGUAAAAAAAUGUAGUUAUUCAAUCAGUCAUAACAUGAAUCACCGGGCCAUUUGUUUGCCGUAAACUUCUAGAAUCGGCUGGACGCUAUUGUGUUGGAAUAUCUACAUUCUACAUUCUUAUCUCUCACUGUUGUGUAACGUGCAACCAUUGGAUACGUGCUGCUUUUCUUGCUUUGCGCAUGGCACGUAGAAUAAACGUUGCACACGCCGUUUAGUGGCUUGUGCAUAACUGGUACUGGUGGUAGGGGAUAAUCAAUAAAUUCGAAGGAGCGCAACAGAGCUAAGUAAUCAUCGAGCUUUCGCUGUACUGAGAAGUCUACCUACGAAGUUCAAUCAACUACUAACGAAAAUGCCGGGACCAAAGUGUGGUAGUGAUAAAUGCUGCGGUGACAAAUGCCAAGACUGCAAGUGUGGAGACAAGUGCAAGUGUAGCGAAGACAAAUGUUGCUGCAAAUCUGGCGGACAAUGCUCUUGCAAAUCCUGUAGCUGCUAAACUCGACUCAGGCUACCAAUAAAAUGAUGAGCAUUGCUAAAAACGGAUAUUGCAACGAACAUUAGCCGCCAUUAUCCACUUAGGCGCCCUUUACUAUCAUUAUUAAACCAUGGCGAACUAUAUUCAAGCAUUUUAAACUAUUACAAGUUAUAGUAUUAUAUGAAGAGUAUUUAAUAAAGAUGAUAGAAUUUUAACGAAAA